AUGACUAAUGAAGAGAAUACACCGUUUCAUAUUGCUGCUGAAAAAGAUGAUAUAUACUUUUUGAAUUUGUUUAUUUCACAUGGUGCAAAAAUUAAUACAAGAUGCAGAGAUCAAGAAUCUGCUAUGCAUUGGGCUGCUGUAAAUCCAAAUCCAAAAGUUGCUGAAUUUUUGAUUUCAAAAGGUGCAGAUCUUUACGCAAUGACAGAAAAAGAUGGCGAUUCGCCAUUACAUUACGCAGUAAUGAAGAACAACCCAGAAUUGGUUAAAUUCCUAAUCGAACAUGGUGCUUACAUUAAUGUAAAGAAUAAGAAAUGGGAAACUCCACUUCACAGAGCAAUUCUUUAUGGAAGUUACGAAUCAAUGGAAGUUCUUUUGUCCAAAGGAGCAAGUUGGACAACACCAGACAUAACAGGAACGCCACCAAUUUUACUUGCUCCUUUCUCAAUUGAUUUUGAAGCAAUUGCACUCUUUCUGAAAUAUCUUAAGAAAUAA